UUUUUGAUAUUCCUAACAUAAACAAUGGCUGACAACCAAAACUUUGAAAGUGACGGAGGAGUCGAAGUCGAAGUACACGUUCAUGAACCAAAUAAAAUGGAAAAAUCCAGUAGUGUUCAAAUGUUUCAACAUCCCAUAAUUGAUCACAGAAGAUGUCGAUAUCCAUAUUGCAUAGUAUGGACACCAAUUCCUUUACUGACGUGGCUGUUCCCUUUCAUUGGGCACAUGGGUAUUGCAACGUCAGCAGGGGUCAUCCGUGACUUUGCAGGGCCCUACUUUGUAUCAGAGGAUAACAUGGCAUUUGGGAGACCAACACGUUAUUUGAUACUUAAACCACGUAUGGAUAAACCGGGAAUAUGGGAUCAAUCUGUCUUUGAUGCAUCAGAAGAGUACAAGACACGAAUGCACAACCUAUGCUGUGACAAUUGCCACUCUCAUGUUGCGAUGGCGCUAAAUGACAUGCGUUACCAAGACAGUAAACAAUGGAACAUGGUUAAGCUGGCAGCAAAGAUGUUUUUUACAGGGAAAUAUGUUGGAGUAUGUGGUGUUGUGAAAACAUGGUUGCCGUCAUUAAUAUUUUAUGGAUUAAUAGCUGCGUUGGUAAUUGCCUUCUAAUCAUGAAUUCUAAUUGGUGCAAAGUUUUCAUGAAUAUUCAUAUAAUUUAUGAUGUCAUAGCAAUGGUGGCUAACACAUUCAGAUUGCAGCACAGAUCUUUCUGUUAACAUUGACCUUUGAGUUUAGAGGUCAUUUCUUGGUUGUUUUUUGUAUGUUUUUAAAACUCUGCUGUAAAUUUCAAUGUUACAUAAGUUACAUAAUCUAAUUAAUUAUUUUUAAUUGAACCAUGCCAAAUUGAUUCACUUUUAGCAUAAAACUGAAGUAUUUAAUUUAGUGACAAUUAUAGUAACAAUGAUCAAUGACAAUUUUGAUGACAAUGAUAACAUUAAUCAUGAUGAUGUGAUGUCAAUUCUGAUAGUAUCAAUAAUGAUUUUGUAAUUUGUACUAAUAAUACUGUAAUGAUAUUAUAGUAAUUAUAAGUACAAUGAUGAUG